AUGCCUAAUUACAAUAUCUUUAGUCUCAAACAAGCCAAUCUCUUAUAUCGAGCAAGUUUCCUCGAUCAUAAGAACGCAGAAAUGACGCGGUCUCACAAAACCAACGAUCCAGAUCAUUCAGCAUUGCACGAAGGGGGAGCUCUAGGUCAAGAGAGUCUUCCCCGCUAUUUUGCCAAGUCAGGACCAGUGGAUGCUGAUCCCCGGAAGACAAAGAAAGAUGGAGGCGGAAAACGAAACUGGGGCCGCUCUGGCGAUGAAGUGCACGACUAUGGCUACAAGUUUACAAACACACGACGUCACUCAAACAGUAGCGCCCAGGGAAUUGCGGACUUCAAGACAAAGUUUGAAGCCGUUGAACCAGAGCCAGUCUUUGAAGAGACCGUGCAUGGGCCCGAUGCCUUUCCCGCGGAUGACGAUAUGGUAAGGAAAGUUGAUAGUAUCAAUAGUGAUACCACUGAAGGUAGUGAAGUCCCUUCGAACAAGCCAUAG